UUGGGCAUCAUCGGUCGCAUUCUCUUGUUCAGCAAAGAUCAACGCGUGUCACCGAACCCACCCUCUUCAGCACACACACACCAAUCAGCAUGGCCGCCAAGGUGAUCUCUCUGGCCGAGAUGGCCAAGCAUGACAGCAACGCCAGCUGCUACAUGGCCAUCCAUGGCAAGGUCUACGAUGUGACAAAGUUCCUGCAGGAGCAUCCUGGAGGUGAAGAGGUGAUGAUGGAUCACGCUGGCCAGGAUGGCACUGAGGCCUUUGAAGAUACGGGCCACAGCCAGGAUGCUCGUGACAUGCUGGCAGAGUAUGAGAUUGGUGUUCUGCCCGAGGAUGAGGCUGCCGCUGCCUCCAAGGCCGAGAAGAAGACCUCGACCAACGCCCCUGCCGGUGGCAGCAGCGAUUCAUGGACCCUGUACACCGUGGUCGGCUUGUUGGCUAUUGGUGCUGGCGUUGCCUACAAGAUGAUGGCCGCAUCUGCUUAAGGUGUUUUAGCGCCUCAAGGCAGCAAUCAGUCACCGCCAACGGUGACGUAUCUGAUGGGCUGAGGGUUGUGGUCACAGCCCAUCGAGACCCGCUUUUCAGGGUUUCUUUACGCAACGGGCGAGUCCCCUUGCCGUUGUAAAUGAGCCAGCUCCUUGCGUCUCUCUUCUAUUCCACUCAUUAGGCUUGCGCGAAGCGUUGUGCGAGACAGCUCUUGGCUGUGCUCUGGUGUUUUCUUCACUCGCUGAAGACUUGUUUUGUGUGACUUAUCCGUCUUUUCAAGUCAUCUGACUUGGAGAGCCCACGUCUUUUGGGACUGCUUGCUUGUCAUGUAUCUGUACCAGCGUGUCCUGGUCUCAAACCGUGGCCGACCGUUGUCCGAUUUGUUCUGUGCUUUUUUUUAUCCUCUGGUGCCCAGCUGUUUCAAUCAGUUGCACUUGAUUCUACCC